CUCUCUCUCUCAAAAGUCAAGUCUCUUAUUUUCUCCUUUACCUCUCUUCUCUCUUUCUCUCUCUAAACAAGGCUUAAAUUUUGGACUCUCCUCCCUUGUUACCUAGCCCCGAAUAGAACCCAAAUCUGAAGAAAUCCGUUUCAUUUCAGCGCCCAACGGUCGAAAAUAAAGGCAAAAGCCCAUGGGUUUUACAGAGAAUCUCUAACAGUUAAAGCACAUGCUUCCCAAUGGUCCAACAAAUGAUUGAUGCAAAGUUCAGUGAGUAUGGAAUGGCCACUAAUACAACCACUGAUAGGCAGCACUCAACCCCUACAAAGAAGGGGUCAUUGAGGGAUAUGCAGAAUGAUGCAAAGAGCACCAAUGGCCCUGAACCCUCAGGGAUCCCUCCGUUGCCAAAAGCCAGAGAGCCAAUAGAUAUAGCAAAGGCCUCAGGUGCCAAGAGACAGAGACCCAACUGCUUAAAUCCUAAUUGUUCGAUUUCUGCUCUCUGUAGCAACUGCACCAAUGGACAUUUAGUUUAUGUUCGUAGAAGAGUUGAGCAAGAACCAAUAAGGCCACCAUCAUGUACUAUUAGCAAAGCUGAGCAAGAACCAAUGGAGACACCAUCAUGCACUCCUAGUAGAGCUAAGCAAGAACAAUUAAAUCCACCAUCAUGUGCUAGUAGUAGAGCUGAGCAAGAACCAAUGAAGCCACCAUUAUGUACUACUAGUAGAGCUGAGCAAGAACCUAGGAAUACACCAUCAUGUACUAUUAGUAGAGCUGAGCAAGAACCAAUGAAGCUGCCAUCAUGUACUACUAGUACAGCUGAGCAAGAAACAAUGAAGCCACCAUCAUGUACUACUAGUACAGCUGAGCCAGAACGAAUGAAGCCACCAUCGUGUGCUAUUAGUUGUAGCUUAGAGAAAAUGGACUCCUUUCAGCUAACAGGGUCAGUUUUGAAGCCUGAGAUGCCAAGUGACUGGGGGUGUAAAAAGAACCCUACUUUAAGCCCUAAAAUCUCGUGUUUUGCAGCUUUGGCCCCGCUACCAACAUCUUCUCUUGUGACUUACAGUUCAGCAGGGCCAUCGGUUCCUCAAUCCCUUGGAAAGAACAACAAUUUGUCAGGUUCUGGAGACCCCAAUUGUGGGGAUGAGAGAGGUCCGCAAGAGGCUUCUCUCCAAAAUUUGAAGGAGCGAUUACAUCGGCUGGAGGUAAUUUUGAGGCAGCUGGAUGAGUCGAAGCAGGAGCAAUAUGUUCAAAGGCUGCGAUCCCUACCGGCAGUUGCUAGAAGCAAACAUGCGGUGGAGUUAGAGAGGAGAGUAAUGAGUCUUAUGCUCGAGGAAGGCAAGGAGAUGAAGAGAAUGAGGGUUCUAAAUGUGUUCGGAAAGCCGGGGUGAGAGAAUCCGUUAGUUUCCUUUACUGUUCCCACUCUAAGCAUGUCGUUUUGGAGCAAAAAGGGCAUGUUGUACACCACCAUUUGUAUCUAGCUGAUACCAUAAUAAGCAGUUGAAUCCUAAUUUUGGGUUCAAUCAGAGACCAUCGCGUAGUGAUAGAAUUUACAAUUAUUCAUGAAAAGGUGCUUCAUGAAGGUACUGGAACUUGGGAAGAGAAAGGAGUUCAGUUGUAAAGAUUCAAACUCUCUCUCUCUUUCUCUCUCUCAAAAAAGAUUUUUUUGCUCUUGGUGUGGAGCAAGAAAAGGAAACAUGGAUGAAAUUGUAUUUCUAUAGGAAAAUUUUACCAAAUUGUGAGCCGCCAUCUUUAGCACAUAGAGUGCAGUGGCUGAAUAUCAAUGUCUCAUGUGCUUGCA